GUGAUUUUGAUGUUCAUGAAAAUUCUUAUUUAGCGCGCGAAAAUGAAUAAUUGCGGAGGCGAUGAAUUUAGCGAUAAUGAAGACGAGAUACUGACGACAGCAAUAGAAAAUUUUGAAGCCAGUUUAAAGCCCAACUCAAGUGUAGCCAAGGAUGAAGAGCUUGGAACCCCAUUGGAGAGGUUUAGACCAGGAUAUUUAUGGGUCUCUGACCUGACUAGACAGAACUGGUGUGAGCAGCAAGUGUUUUAUUCUUUCACUGUACCAGCAAUUGUGGAAGAAAACCCAGUCAUGACUGAAGGGUCUAGCCUACAUUUAGCAAGAGAGCUGGCAGUUCAUGAUGUGGUUCAAGUAAAGGUCACAUCUAGUGAAGAUAUUUGGGCAAUCAAAGUAUUGAAUCUUCUAUCCUCUCUGAUCUCCUUACUUAAUGGUCAGACUGUUGCUAGAGAGAUUCCCAUAUUUGGAGCACCGUUUGAUGAAGACGUGUUUAUUGUUGGUCUCAUCGAUGAACUGAGAUUUGAUCCAACAUCAUUUCAGUUGGAUCUGUGGGAGUUUAAGACUCGUAAAUAUAAAAGUAUGCCAUCAAAGUCGCAGCAAGCUCAGAAUAGGUUACAGGUAAUGCUGUACAAGAAAUUGUUUGAUGACCUGGUCGAAGGUAAACUAACUAAGGAAGUAAUUGCGAAACAUUUAAAACUAAAUAUGAAUAGAACAUUUGGUAGUGAUAUCCAAGCUACUAUUGAUGAUAAAUGCUUAACAGGCACGACUCUUAAUCAAUUGUUGGAUAUUUUGUUCAUUAGAAUACAAUGCAUUACUUGUAUUAAAGAAAUCGGGAUAGAGUACGAACAUCAGGGAAGUAAAGAAUCUCUUGGAAUGAAUAGUGUAGAUUAUGAUGAUGAAGAAUUAGAGAAAUUAUUUAAGAGUUAUCUUGAGUUUUGGAGAGGUAGGAGAGAAGUGAAAGGAGUGGAAAUCGAGGAAGCUUGGAAGUGUCAGUCAUGUGACUUUGCAGAUAUCUGUGAUUGGAGGAAACGAAAGGCUGAACAAUAUUCACAACAUGGUAAAAAGAAGAUUUGAUCGAAUGAUUGAUACAAAUAUCAAUGUUCAUACAACUAUUUUGGGGGUCACUUAUCCCCAAAUAUUUCUUCAGUACAUUCCAGUUGUAAGGAUUUUGUUGUAUAUCUCAAAAAAAUUCAAAUAAUAUGCAGCUUCUAGCCACCACUCUUCGAGAAAUAUACAGCUUCUAGCCCUUAAGCUUCAAGAAAUACUGCUUCUAACCCACAGUAUUGUAUGUCUAUUACAGGGAGCAUAUGAGAAUCAGAUGCAGUUAUUAUAGGAGGCAAAUGUGUCGAUGACAUUUGGGAGUCAGGAGUUCAAAUUUUUUGCAGAGCUUAGAUUAAUGUUUCUUGUUACAAUUCCAGUCAUCAAAUUUAGCACUGGCCUGGUGGCCCAUGGCCAGUGAAAAAUUAGUUCAGCCAGUGAAAAUUUUAUGAAAAUUUAGUUAAAUAUAAAGUAGAAUAAAUUCAAAACUGGAAUUCGAGCUAGUAAAUUCAAAAUCUUAAAUUCAUUGACUGCAAUUCUGUUGUAAACAAAUUAACACUAAACAGUACAAUAAUUGUCUGUAUAUAUUCAAGACCUUUACUCUACCACUGUUAUUGGAUUCUGUUUGUGUUGAAAUGUAUUGCUAAGUGAAGAGGACAGGUACAAAAAUGAAGAAGACUAUGUAGUUGGUCAGUUAACUGUUUCAAACUUGACAUUGCUGAUGUGUAAAGUGAUAUUUUGAGGAGGCGAAAGGGGAAAUUAGGAUCCUUAUUUGUGACAUCUUGACACAAACUUGUGUGAAUUACAGUCUACAUUUAGAACACAUGCAGUUUGGAACAGCAAGUUCAUUGGGCACCAGUCUAAAAAAAGAGAUAAGUGGCAUGUUCCAUUGAUUCAGAAAUAGAAGGAAGUAUGGAUAUUCUGUACUGGUAAAAGUUAACAUAAUGAUUAGUGCAUGGUUUUAUUUAAUGUUAUCUGUAUGUAGGUAUUGUUUUAUUUGUUUUGUGAUGUUAAGAAGUUUCACCUGGGUCUCUUAGGGCGGCCUUCAGCUUUUCUAAAGUUUAAAUACGUUAUUUUAAGAUAAAUCAUUUCAUUCCAUAUAAUUGUCAAAUUAAAAAAAAAUUAAGGUGGAAAAUGAAAUUUGCCAAUGAUAAAAUACAUAAACAAUAAGUGAACGGAUACACUAAAUUACCUAUAAGCUCUCUUUGUAUUCAAAUUAGUAAAGUGACAGACGAUACAUUUCCAGAUCAUUAUUUUUUUAAAGGAAUAAACUUCACUGACGCAUUGUAAAUAGCUUUUGGGACGCUGUUUUGAAGAAGGCUUAUCAAUGAUCAUAACUCUUUUCCGAUACAAAAUUUCUGAAAUAUUUGGUUUGAAAUAACACAGAAUUGUUUUUAAACAGAAAAUAUAAAGCUGAAUGCCGCUUUAACUUCCCUUUAAAAAAACUUUUUUUUUCCAGCGCAAAUCAUGUAUAACAAUGUUUCAUUUUAAUAUAAGGUUUCCUUUUAUGAGCACUUUACAGGUUAAAUCUUGCAUUAAAACAUGGAUGAAUAUAAAUACAAUUUAUGUUUAAACAGUUGAAUGUGUGAGCAUUUGUGUCCUAUGGACACUUUGCUAUAGAUCAAGCGUUUACUUGGAAAUCAAUUACAACAUUUUUUCCUAAAGUGUUUUGUAGGAUCUUUUAAUAUAUUUAUAAGACAUUAAAGGGUUUCAAUAGGCUGACAGUAAAAAAUUGUUCUUUAAAAGAAUUUACUCACCAUUAUAUUUUAGCCAUAUAGGGCUGUUUUGUUUCAUGUAUGGAAAAUGAACAUACUGUACAUGAUGAAACAAAUACCUGAAUGAAAUGUUUGAAUCAAUUCUCCAAAAGUGAAUGGCAUCUAAAAAUAUGCCAAGCUUGCCUACAGCAUUUAUGUAGAAUAUCACUAGCAUAGACUGAGUAUCACAAGUUUAGAGUAAUACAUUGUAAACAUGUGUAUCUACACUCAAGGACCUUAAAGUCUUAGACAUUAAAACCACUGCUUUAAAGGGAGUUGAAUGCCAGGGCCUUUUAACUAGUUUUGGGGAAGGGUCCCUAGCCCUUUUUGUGGGGAAAAUAUGCACGAUUUUUGCACUUUUGGGGAAAAUAUCUAUUUGUAUAUUUUUAUAUGUUAAAACACCUUUCAGGUUUACGUAAGAAGUUAAUUUCAAACAUCAACAAAUAAAAAGGCAUUUCUGAAGAUGAAUUUAUUGCCACUGCACAUACAGAUUAUGUAUGGCGUGGAUUUGUUUACUUUAGGGGCAAAUAGCUCACAAUACUUGCACAUUUUGAGUUCCACUGUAAGAAAAUUUUGACUCAUAUUUCCCAAUAGAAAAUCUAUGCAGGUCAUGCUCAGAAGAUACAGUGCUGUCAGUUUCAGCUUUAUCACUAUUAUUUAUGCUGGGCUCCGGUUCAGGGGGAGUACAUUGACUGCUGGAUACUAUAGGAGAUAAACUAGCAACAGCAGGGUCAUCAAAUGAUCAAAUUUUCCCUUUGCGCUGGACUUCUGUUCAGGGGGAUUACAUGUAGUAAUAGAUACUGUAGUACUAGGUGUUAAACUCACAGCAGGGUCAUCAAAUCAUCCCUUUUUAAAGUAAUUCUUCAAAGUAACAGUACUACAAGCGUCAUUCGCUCUUAUUUUGUUCUUGUACGCUCGGCAAUUGUGUAACAUUGUUUACACUAACGUAAAUCGGUCUCCCAUCAUGUCGUAUAAAUCACAUGUUAAUCGGAAUAUCUUCAGUUAUAAUAGCUCAAUAGGAAAGGGCUGAAAAGCUGCGAUUGAUGACACGUAUACCAGAACGAGGCCGGCGGGGUUUUCCCCAUGCUGUUUUAAGAAAAUUGCCAUAUCAGACCAAGGCUACAAGUUAACAGCCAAUGCAUUGAAUUAAGGCAUCCCUCUUGUCGCUAAAUGGAUCAUUAGCUUUUAUUGGACAGAACAGCGAUCCAUUUUUGUGUCGCCUCUACGGAGUAGUGGCGACAUAUAGGGAUCACUUCUCCGUCGUCUGUCUGUCCAUCUGUCCGUCUGUCUGUCUGUCCGUCCGUCCGUCACAAAACUUGUCCGGACUACUGCUCAUAAACUACUGGUGCAAUUUCAUCCAAACUUUACAGGAAUGAUCAGUAUCAAGUCUAGUUGUGCAUAUUGUCAGCAUUUUCGGUUCAGUGAUUUUUGUCAGAGUUAUGGCCCUUUAAUAAUUUUUAAUUUUAAAGUUUGUCCGGACUACUUCUCUUAUACCUCUAAUGCAAUUUCAAUGAAACUUUGUAGAAUUGAUCUGUAGCUCAAGUCCUUGCGCAUAUUGCAGGGGUUUUCCGGUUGAAUGAUUUUUGGCCGAGUUAUGGCCCUUUGACAAAAAGGUGUUUUUUUCUGUAUGUUGCCAGAUACACAAAAGCUUGUCCGGACUACUCCUCAUAAACUACUGGUGCAAUUUUAUCCAAACUUUACAGGAAUGAUCAGUACCAAGUCUAGUUGUGCAUAUUGUCAGCAUUUUCCGGUUCAAUGAUUUUUGUCAGAGUUAUGGCCCUUUAAUUAUUUUUAUUUUAAAGUUUGUCCGGACUACUUCUCUUAUACCACUAAUGCAAUUUCAUUGAAACUUUACAGGAUUGAUCUGUAGCUCAAGUCCUUGCGCAUAUUGCACGGGUUUUCCGGUUGAAUGAUUUUUGGCCGAGUUAUGGCCCUUUGAUAAAAAGGUCUUUUUUUCUGUGUGUUGCCAGAUACGCAAAAGCUUGUCCGGACUACUCCUCAUAAACUACUGGUGCAAUUUUAUCCAAACUUUACAGGAAUGAUCAGUACCUAGUUUAGUUGUGCACUGUCCGUCUGUCUGUCUGUCUGUCACAAAAUUUGUCCCAACAUGAAAUUGGCCAUCAUGAGGCGACACAUGUGAUUACUGAUCGCUCUUGUAUUAUGAAAAUGAACAUAAUCUACAAGAUCAUUAGAUAUUUUCAAGUUUUAACAUACAUGACUGUGAAAGAAUAAUAUGUAAACAAUUGCAAAUAAACAUAGGUACUUUAAAUAUUUGAUGUAAAUAAAAUAAGAAUCCCUGUAAAACAAAUAUAAUUAAUUGCAUGUUUAUCAUAUAAAAUACAUUUUUAUAUCAGAUAUAUAUUGAAUCAUUUUAGUACAAAUAACUUGAAUUUGAUGCAUCUAAAAUCAUAAAAAUAAAUAUACUUUAACAGCCAAAGUUUUUUCUCUUUAAAUGAAAGGUAAAGAUUUUUCUCUUUAAAUGAAAGGUAUCAACAUUUUCACAGAGAAUUUUUGUAGCCAUAGAAAGGUGAAAUAAAAAAAUACUGUCUUAAAAAUUUUCCGUUGACGCUUCAUAAACAGUAAAAAAAAAAAUCUGACACAAAUCUUAAUCCAGUUUACACCUCAGUUUGUUAACAUACAUCGAUUGCCUUAUAUGGCAGUAGGGAGUCUAGACACUACGUCACUUGAUACCUGUAUGUACAUGUAAACUGUGUAAUUGAUGCAGAGUUGUGUAAAGGUUUUUUGGAGUGAACUGACUACUGGAUAAUAAUUGGACCUAAUUAUUUUGGCCUUUUGGGUGUUAAAACAGGUAUUAUUUAUUAUUUAUCUGAUUGAAACGGAUUUUUACCUCUUUCAAUCCCUCCUCAGUGUUGGUGCUUACUGUGAGACAAAGCUAGUUUAUAAUAUAUUAUUUUUGCAACAACAUAGAUCACAGUUACGUAAAAAAUAAUAGUUUCAAACAUUGCUUAUCUUUGAUUCUUUGAGAUUCUAUUGCCUGAUCAUUAUUUUUAACCAGGUUUUCCGAAGGAAAAAACUGGUUAUUAGAUUGAGGUAUGUCGGCGGGCGGCUGGCGGGCGGGCGGGCGUAAACAAUUUCUUCUGUGCGCAACUUCUCCUACAUUUCUCAACGGAUUUUGACCAAACUUUCACAGAAGCUUUGUCAUCAAGUGCCCUGGCGCAUAUUGUCGGGGUUUUGCCAUUGGAUAAUAUUUUACCUAAUUAUGGCCCUUUGUUGUUUUUUCUUAUAUAGAAUAUAUAGUGAACAAUUUCUUCUGUGCGCAACUCCUACAUUUCUCAACAGAUUUUGACCAAACUUUCACAGAAGCUUUGUCAUCAAGUGCCCUGGCGCAUAUUGUCGGGGUUUUGCCAUUGGAUAAUAUUUUACCUAAUUCUGGCCCUUUGUUG